AUGGAUGUUAUACAUGAAAAUGAGGAUGUGGAUUGUGAAAAGGAGAAAGUGGCAAAAACUGUUCAGUUCGCGCCGCGAUCGCCCUUCGCGCUGCAAAAAGAGCAGAAACAACAAGAGUCAGCAGAGCAGCAGGGUGAAGUAGAAAUGAAGAAAGAAGCCGAGCCAAGAAAGAAGAAGAAAGGAGACAAAGAAAGAUCUCUUAUCGGAGCUUACAAUGUUUUGACCGAGAAUGAAGAAAAAGAGAUUGAAGCAAUUUUGCAUGAAUUGGAGUCUCGUGGAGAGAUUGCUUAUCAUGAGGAGACAAAUGAAGACUUGGAUGUGAAAAAGAAAGUGGAAGAGCCAAAACUAGAGUUGAAGAUGCUACCUUCACGCUUGAACAAUUAUGCGGUUGGUGCAGUUUUGGGUCAAAGAAGAGAUACAAAUUUUCAUGCCAUCCACUAUGCUAGUAAAGUUUUAAAUGAGGCGCAAGUCAAUUAUGCGACUACCGAAAAGGAAUUACUAGCUAUAAUGUAUGCAUUGGAAAAGUUUAGAGCUUAUUUGAUUGGGUCUAAAGUUGUAGUUUACACCGACCAUUCGGCAAUCAAGUAUUUGCUAACCAAGCCGGAUUCCAAACAAAGAUUAAUUCGUUAG